AUGGGGCCCCCGGGCAAUAGGGGAUCAUGGGGCCCCUGUGUCCUUGCCCAAACUCAAAAAAUCCUAUUUAAAAAGUCUGAAUUUAUCUAUUUAAAAUACACCAGAGGAGCAAUGACAACAAAACAAUGGUAUCUCUGGCUCCUCAAUGGACUCUCUGUAGGAAUGAAUGGAUUCAGUCCAGGGGCGGACUGACAAAUCAUGGGGCCCCCGGGCAAUAGGGGAUCAUGGGGCCCCUGUGUCCUUGCCCAAACUCAAAAAAGCCUAUGAAAAAGGUACCAGGGGCAUCUCAUGGGGCCCCCUACUGACCCCGGGCCCUCGGGCAGUGCCCGAGUUUCCAAAUGGUCAGUCCGCCCCUGGCUCAAUC